AUGGGGAUCUCCUUCAGCAACCGCCGGCGAGACGACCACCACCGUCGCCACCACCAUCACCCUCCUCCUCCACCGCCCUACUAUUACUCCGAUCCUCCACAACUACCACCGCCCCCUCCUCAACCACCGCGCAACGAGUACAGCUACACUCACAACCAUCUCGUACCAUCAACUCAACAGCUCGCUCUUCCACCACCACCACAACCGAAUCAGCCACCGUCUCAGCCCCAGCCCCAGCCUCCGCCUCCGCCUCAGCCGCAGAUUAAUUACGGAUCGUACGGUCUUAACUACCAUCAAAACCAGUAUUACUCGCAACAAGCUCCUCCGUAUUUCUCCGGUUAUCAUCACAAUGGAUGGAACCCGAUGAUGAGACCGGUUCUCUUCGGUCCGCCACCGGUUCACCAAUUGCCGCCUCCGUACGUGGAGCAUCAGAGCGCGAAGAAGGUGAGGAAUGAUGUCAAUGUCCAUAAAGGCACGGUGAGGCUCGAACCAGACGAUCUCAACCCUGGUCAUCAUCUAGUCUCUUUCGUCUUCGACGCUGUCUUCGAUGGCAGUUUCUCUAUCAUAUUCUUUGCAAAGGAGGAAGCAAACUGCACAAUGGUACCGAAUUUACCAGAAGCCUACCCACCAACCAAAGUCCCUUUCAAGAAAGGAACUGCACAGAAGUUUCUACAACCUUCAGGGACAGGAACCGACCUUGGCUUCUUUGCCCUGGAUGAUCUCUCCAAACCAUCGCCAGAAGAGGUGUAUCCGCUUGUGAUAUCAGCCGAGACAGUAGUAAUCUCGCCGAGCUCUGUUUCGGAGGAACCAGUAGUUCAUAAGCAAGUCACACAGGCGUGUUUGGAGAGGACUAAUGAUGGAUCUUUCAAAGUGAAAGUAAUGAAACAGAUCCUGUGGAUUGAAGGAGCUCGGUAUGAGCUACGUGAGUUGUAUGGAAUCGAGAACUCGACCGCGAAAGGUAAUGAUGCUUCGGGGUUAGAGGAUGCUGGUGGCAAAGAAUGUGUCAUAUGCUUGACUGAACCUAAAGACACAGCCGUCUUGCCUUGUCGACAUUUGUGUUUGUGUAGCGACUGCGCAAAAGAAUUGAGGUUUCAGUCAAACAAGUGUCCCAUUUGUAGACAACCUAUAGGUGAGCUUUUAGAGAUUAAAGUGGAAAGCAAUGAUGAACAACACUGA